CUGUCGGCUGGUGCAGGCAGAACCAAAAGAUAUUUAAUCAGCAAUUAGAAACACCUGAGGGCAAGGGAAAUUCUACUCCAGCCUCGAGCCUCAUCUCUCAGCCCGCAGCAUGCUGCUCGGCAGAAUGGCCACGGAGGAGCGGCACCUCUCCUCCAGCUGCGGGUCCUUCAUCAAGACCGAGCCCUCCAGCCCAUCUUCUGGCAUCGACGCCAUCAGCCACCACAGCCCGAGCGGCUCCUCUGAUGCUAGCGGUGGCUAUGGCAUCACCAUGGGUGGCCACCCCAAUGGCCUAGACUCACCCCCCAUGUUCAAUGGCACGGGGAUUAAUGGUGGGUCCUGCCGUAAGCGUUACGACGACUGUGCCAGCGCCAUCAUGGAGGACUCACCCACCAAGUGCGAGUACAUGCUCAAUGCAAUCCCCAAGCGGCUGUGCCUGGUGUGUGGGGACAUUGCUUCUGGGUACCACUACGGCGUGGCUUCCUGUGAGGCAUGCAAAGCCUUCUUCAAGAGGACUAUUCAAGGGAAUAUUGAAUACAGCUGCCCGGCUACCAAUGAAUGUGAGAUCACGAAACGGAGGCGCAAAUCCUGUCAGGCCUGUCGCUUCAUGAAAUGCCUCAAAGUGGGGAUGCUAAAAGAAGGUGUUCGUCUGGAUCGAGUCCGUGGAGGCCGACAGAAAUAUAAGAGGAGACUGGAUUCUGAGAGCAGCACUUACCUGAGCUUACAGAUCCCUCCCCCAGCUAAAAAGCCAUUGACUAAGAUCGUCUCCCACUUGCUGGUGGCUGAGCCAGAGAAGAUUUAUGCCAUGCCUGAUCCAACCAUGCCAGAGAGUGACAUCAAAGCCCUGACAACCCUCUGUGACCUGGCAGACAGGGAACUGGUGGUGAUCAUUGGCUGGGCAAAGCACAUCCCAGGGUUCUCCAACCUCUCCCUUGGGGACCAGAUGAGCCUUCUUCAGAGUGCCUGGAUGGAAAUUCUCAUCCUGGGCAUUGUGUACCGCUCCCUGCCAUACGAGGACAAGCUGGUUUAUGCUGAGGACUACAUAAUGGAUGAAGAGCACUCACGUCUGACGGGGCUGCUGGAGCUCUACCUGGCCAUCCUUCAACUGGUGCGCCGCUACAAGAAGCUCAAGGUGGAAAAGGAGGAGUUUGUCACACUCAAAGCUCUGGCCCUUGCCAACUCAGACUCCAUGCACAUAGAGGACAUGGAUGCAGUGCAGAAACUCCAGGACCUUCUCCAUGAAGCCCUGCAGGACUACGAGCUGAGUCAGCGCAAUGAGGAGCCCCGGCGAGCAGGCAAGCUGCUCCUGACCUUGCCCCUCCUGCGGCAGACGGCUGCCAAAGCUGUGCAGCACUUCUACAGCAUCAAACUGCAGGGCAAGGUUCCCAUGCAUAAACUCUUCCUAGAAAUGCUAGAGGCAAAGGUCUGACAGUCCUAGCGCCAGCCGACAGUGGCCGGGGAACAAACUAGAAACAAAGAUGCAGACAACGGAGUAAUCCAAACAGCAGCAGCAGCCACCGCCGGCUUUUAUC